AAGCAGCGUGCUCCAGGAGGUAUGAGUCGAAACAUGUCUGUGAGCUUUUAUAGAUUUUUGUAAUUUCAAAAUAAGCCAUGCUUUAAUAAAUACAUUGUGAGAGAAGUAUUGUUUUUUACUGUAACAGCGAUAUCACCUGGAGCUUGCUUACAAAUAUAUCCGUGUGGGUAUUCAGUGGUUAAGAUGGAGAUAAGCUCCACAGACGCUGCAGAAAAGAGCCAGCCGGUUUUGCCUUGUAAGGACAACAGCGAUGGAGAUGCAGCCCUUAACUCCAGAGAAGGAAGCUGUGGUGCUACUGCAGGCCGAGCCAGAUGGUCUCUGCUGAGACAGGUUUUGUGUCAGAAGCAGACAGACAGUCCAGAAGUCAAGCAGGUGUCUGUUCGCAGGUUUGCCACCUUUGACCUUUUCAGAAGGAAAAAACUCUCAGCACAAGAACACUGUGUUACCUCAGACGACCAGUGGGUGGAGUACAGAAGUGUCUACUAUCCUGAGUACAGUGCCUUCCUCAGGGAUAACCUGGGACCCCUCAAAGUUAAUGAAGUGCUCAAUAGUUUUGACAACACCGGCAAUGUCUGUGUGUGGCCGUCUGAGGAGGUGAUGGCACAUUACUGUCUGCAGAAACGCCACAUUUUCAAGGGUGCAGUGUGCGAGUUAGGAGGAGGGAUGACUUGUCUUGGUGGCCUAAUGGUUGCCAUUUCUGCUGACGUGAAGGAAGUUCUGCUAUCAGAUGGGAAUGAGAAGUCCAUUCAGAAUGUACAGGGAGUGAUAGAGAGAAACAAACAGGCUGGAAAAUUUGGGUCAACGCUCGUUUCUACAAGGGUGGUUAGAUGGGACUCUGAGGUGGACAUUUCAGAGCUGGAAGGUCACUUUGAUACCAUCAUGUGUGCAGACUGUUUGUUUCUCGACCAGUACAGAGCCUGCCUGGUUGAUGCCAUAAGGAGAUUACUGCGACCCGACAUGCUGAGUGAAGGAAAACAAGCAUACGAUGAGAACAUCCACUAUCCUCUCCUCGUCACCCUGACCAAAGGACCUCAACCUGUCAAUCAAGCUCACUAAAAUAAAAUUAGCUUUUUGUUCUACAUAAUAAUCCAUUUUUAACAUUUAUUUAAUAUUGUCCAGUAUUAUUUAACAUUUAAAACAGCUCCUUCCAGUUCAGAAGGCAGUAACUCAGUUGCUCAGCUUGGUAACCAGUUACUAGUUAAUCUGCUAGAAAAAAAAAAAAAAGAUUAAUUGACAUUACAAGGCUCUAUAAAUUCCAUUUAUUCAUUUUAAAUUCUUUCAGUUUAGUUAGUUUGGCUCUUCAUCAGUUCCCCCUUUUACUAAAUUAAAUGACAGUUUUCUACAUGUCAAGUAUUCUUUUAUAUUUUUCCCCUGGUGGAACCAGUCACUGUAACCUACGCCGCUCACUGUGUUCAUGGGCUUUGCCUGGACUCACCAUCCGUCGCAGUGUGCAACAAUUUACGGCUUCCUUAAUUUCCACCUUUAAUUUCUCUUAAAACAUCUCAUUCAUCCCAGUCAGGGGUCAGUACAAAGAACUUCAUUUGUGCAUUUCUUACAGCAGUGCAGGGCAUUAACACAUUAAGGCACACUUGGAUGAAAAGAACAUUUGUUGCUGGCAGAGAUGCAGAUUUCAUUACUUUCUAUUUUUUUUUUUUUUACAGCAAUUAACACAACUAAUCCCCAGUAUACACACAUUAAAUCCACAUCGGUAUUGCAUUAUAAUUAACUUUAUACAGUAUAACUCGUCUAGUGUUAUGAUGAAAGAACAGCCUGGUUUAAAUUGUUCAACUGUCAUCUGUAAAUUUCCUCUUUAAUUACAGUUUCAGGUGAUAAAUUUAAGUCUUCUAAACUGAUUUGAGGAUCUUGACACCUGAGUUAUUGUGUCAAAAACCAUUAUUUUGGAGGGGAACGUGCCUAGGAAAUACACAUUAUGCUCUUACAUUACUGUUGUACUUGCAUUUAUUGACCCAAUACUGUGGAAUAGAAGAUGAUGUAUUUUUGUGUAUCAACUAAAUGUUGUUUUUGAGCUUUUCUACAUGAAGAUAAGUACAACAAACAUCUUUGAGUUUGGUUUUGGUGUGACUCACAAUUAUUGGCACAAAUAGAACAAACCUCAAAAUAAAACUGUGUUAUUGCAGUAGUAUAAUCUCACACUGAAAAUUUUACUAUAAUCCAGUACUUAAAUUGUGUACGCAUAUUCAUUGGGGAAAAUAAAACUUGCUUUUGCCAAGAGGACAAAGCUUCAUCUCUUCAAACACAAGGCUGAAUCAGUUUGGAAAGGUAUGUAGGAGCUAGUUCAUGAACACGCGUACUUCUCCUGCUUCAUCUAGGAUUGGGUCGUGGGGGCAGCAGUCUCAGCAGAGACUCCCAGAAUUUCCCUCUCCGCAGACACCUCCUCCAGCUCUGCUGGGGGAAGCCUGAGGUGCUCCCAGGCCAGCUGAGAGGCAUAGUCCCUCCAGGAUUUCCUGGCACAUCCCCUGGGCCUCCUCCUGAGGGAGGCAUCCAGGGGACAUACAAAAAAUUUAUCCAAACCACCUUCUUUGACUUAUUUCGAUGUGGAGCAGAAGUACAGUAGUACAUUGAGCCCCUCCUGAAUAAUAAGGUUCUUCACCCUAUCUCUACUGGAGAGCCCAGCCACCCUGCUGACAAAGCUCAUUUCAGCCGCUUAUAUCCGCAAACUUGUUCUUUCAGUCAUGACCCAGAUUUCAUGACCAUAGAUGAGGGUAGGAACAUAAGCUGACUGGUAAAUGGAGAGCUUUGCCUUUUUGCUCAGCUCUCUUCUCGUGCACCCCGGAAGCCUCGCCACAGUGGAGUUUUUUUGACCACCCCAAGGACUUCAGCCUGAGUGCUGAAUGAAUCAGGCCCCAAGCAUCCUGUCACUUCUUCCAUCAUGGAAGGCGUUUCAGCAAUGGCCCAGCCCGAAAGACACGCGGUAGGACACUGCGGCCAUCCCCUGCAGGGGGAACCAUGAGGGACAGGUGCGAAGAGGAUGGGGAGGCUGUCAGAGACAGAGGCCUUGGCAACCCAAUCCAUGGGAACUUAGACUGGCUCUGGGGACAUGGGUGAUGAACCCAACAGAGCAUUUUGCACAGAUAUGCACAAAUAUCACAGGAACUGAUGAUGCCAGAACAGUUCGGAAGAUAAGAUAAGAUAGACGUUAUUGAUCUCACAGUGGAGAAAUUCAUUUUUCACAGUGGCUCAAUAGUCAAAAGAAGGUGUGUCCAAAUAUAUACACUGGAUCGAGAGAAAAAAAGAAAUAAGGCAGAGAUUUACGGUGACUCAUGUACUUUAAGGUGAAUGACACGCAUGGAUUUGGCAUUGUAUAUUAAGGUGGUACCAGGUAAAGAACAACAGUGAGGUAGUGAGAUACCUAUAACAGCUGAAGAGUAUAUGAAUUACUGACUGAACAAGACUUGUUUUCUUAUCAAUUAAAGCUUAUAAACUCGUAUAGUGGAGGUAUUUUAUGCGGGGUUGGAGGGAGGUUGGCUUUGUUGGAAAUCAAAUCUUACAGUCAUCUGCAUAACACUUAACGAAGGUGCCUAUAAAACGGAGCCUAAUGGGAAAACAUGCAGUGGUAAAAGGAGAGGUCUGAGAAUUGAACUUUGAGGAACUCCACAGGAGGGAGGUACAGAAAUUUACUCAAAAUUUCUGCAGAACACAGCAAAAUAAGCUAGGAUUUAUCCUUAUGAAUAUGUUACUUAAAAAAACAGUUUAGGAUUUGUCUGCCCAAUGAAUUUAUCAGUCAUCCUUAGCAUUGGAUUAUAACCCUUUAAAACAAUGUACUCAAUAAAGUUUGGAUUUUUUUUUAAAGUUUUCAGUGUAAGAUCAUCUAAAUACAGUAUAAGGUGAAUUUAUUUUGCUGGCUUUUUGAAAAUCAACACAUAAUGGAUAACACUUUAAAAAUCCAUGAUCUCUCUGUUACCAUAGUUAUACUAUGUCUAUCCUGCAUUUAAAGAGUGCCUGAAUGUCCAGAGUUUCAGUUUGCAGAGAACAAUCAUCAGGAGCGUGAAACUGGUGUCAAUCAUGAUUUCCAACAUAAAUAUUUUUUACCUUUUAUUCCUGAGAUCCACACAUAACUUUACAAAUGUUUGCUGCUUAACCUUAUUCAAGCAAAUCAGCCAUGUUUUGAUCAACUGACUGUUCUCAGGUGGUUUCUCAUACAGCACAUCCUCUGGUUUCCUGUUUCUUGCAACAUCGCUAAUACAGCAGGUGUGAAGAUGUCUAUUGAUGCGUUUCCAUAUUACACUGUGAUCUGCUGGUGUACACAACAGCCAAAAUGCUAUGCUGUACCUCUUAGUGGUUGCUGUUUACAUUUCUCAUGAGAUAAUCAGCCUCAGAAAGAAAGGUAAAAAAAAAAAGAGUGAAAGUGUUGUAUCCGUUGUGACAAUGUUUCUUUGCAAAUAGGUUUAAAGUGUUUAAUCAAACUUUUUUUUUUUUCGUAUUUGUGGGGUGAUUUGUUGUUUUUCUGGUCGCUGUUUGCUUAGAGUGUAAAACAUGCUUAUCCUUCGUCCACUGUGAAUGUACACAAAUACAUCAUUCCUCUUUGAUACAAAUCCAGUGCUGAAAAGAAACCCGCAACCAGCAUCAUGUCACUCCAAGUGCCCACAAAUGUCAAUAAAAAAACAACAUUGGUAAAAUUGCAUCCUCUUCUCAAAUAAUCUUUAGUCGAGGACUGAUAUUAUAUAGUUUCCAUAACUUUACAACUGUUUUUAAUUGAGUUAACAUAAUAAUUGAAUGUUUGAUAUUAAAGGCAGCAGAGUAAUUCCUGUUAGAAUGUGGAUUAUCACUUUCUGUGGCCACAUAAAAACAAACAAACCUCAAUUUCUGUUAGAAAUGGUCAGUGCAGGUAUCCAAUGUUAAAGUGGCACAAUUUUAAGAAGUCAUAAUUUAAAUGUGUUGUUCGUUACACAAUGCAUGAGUGGUAAAAUGAUUAUUAAUUAAAUUAGUACAUUACUACAGUGCUAAAUCUGCAUUGAAGAAGAGGAAAAUUAACCAGUCAUAUCCUUCUAGGCAGGUUAGCUUUGCAGUCUUAACCAUUAUGACAUGUCCCAAUGGCUGCUUGCUGCCAUGUUUUGCAUCAGUAGCACACAUGGAUUUGAAUUGUGCCUCUGGGUUGCCACCCUCAUGCUCCUAAAUUUCUCAACAUAUCCUGAGAAAUCCAAAGCAGCCUGGCUUAGCCGUAGACCACAUCCUGUCUGCAGUGGUAGCAGAUAUGCUACUAGCAGUGCUUCAGUGUCCUCCAGCUGAAUUAGCUGAAUAUCCCAUUAAAACCGAAGGGUGAAGAUUUAAACCCUAAUUCUAUAGAUGUUAAUUAUUUAACAUUUUAAAGCCGAAUUACUGUCACUAAACUCAGCCGUGUGUUUGUUUAUGAAUACGCAUUCAAAUAAAAACUGCAAAAGUUAUAAUGAUGUAUUGCAGUGGCAGCAGUAAUAUACGUUAAAUAUGUAAGGUUCUUGUUCAGAUUGAAGAUAAUGAUUGAAAAAUGUAAGAGCCAAUACCUGAUAAAUGCUUAUUAAAACCUUUAAAAUGGAUCUACAAUUUCAGUUUUACCAGCCUAAAGGCUGUUCUGUUCAUUAAUUUGUGGAAAUCUUAAGACUCACCGAGAUGCAAUUUAAGAUGGAAAUUUGGGCAUUUGAAUCAAACUCUUUGAUUAAUCCAGACUUUGUGAUGGUAGAGGUCUAUGAUAAGUUUUGCUUCUGCUGUACUGUUUGAAUAUUGUUC